UUAUAAUAGGUCAAAUAAUAAUAAUAAUAAUAAUAUCUUCUCGGGAUAUCGUUAGCAAAAUAAGGCUAACGAUACCCGUGCGCAAGCAACCGCUGCACACUACCAAACACGUGUGACCACCAUCAAGAUGUCGACGCCUUCACGUCAUCAACGUGCGCGACAUGUGACGUCAUCAAGAUACCCAAGCGUGCUGAGCAGCAAAUAACUCCUGUAACCUUUUGCGGCUUUUUUUACUUGUAAGGGAACGGGUCGAGAUUAAACACGGAGCCCUCCAGAAACUGGCUCUGCACUUCGAACGAAAGCUUUCUAAAGAAAAUGAAGAAUAAUGCGUGCAAGUAAUUCCGCAAAUUAGAACCUCCGACAUUUAAACAUUAGACCACGGCCGCGGCUGUAGGCGUGUAGCCGUUUUUAACACGUGCGAAGACUUAAAGGUGGUGAAAGCGCCCAGAGCGCGUGGAGGUACUUCCUGCGCCGCGGUGCCCCGUUUCCGCCUCUCGGCAGCGCGGCUGGGAAAGAGCUCCCGAAAACAUGGGCGUCACUUGUGUGUGUCAGGUGCCGGUUGCAGAGGGGAAGAGUGUGCAGCAGACUGUGGACCUUCUCCACAAGAAGCUGGAGCAGCUCAGCGCUGUGAAGCAGGGCAGCUUCUUCGUGGACUGUGAGACGUACCACGCUGCAGGCCCCACAAGCGGCCAGCCACCCAAGUUGUUGUAUGUGAUGCACAACUCAGAGAUGCCUCUCAGCUGCAUGGCCAUGUUUGAGGGUGGUCCCUGCCUCACUGCGGAUGCCAACUUUGAUGUGCUGAUGGUAAAGCUCAAGAGCCAUUUUCAGAAUGCAAAAGGGCACAAAGUGGAGAGCCGUGGUGCUCGCUACCAGUACUGCGACUUCCUAGUGAAGGUGGGCACAAUCACGAUGAGCUCCAGCGCGCGUGGCAUCUCUGUAGAGGUGGAAUACUGCCCCUGCGUAGUGCCUGGUGACUGCUGGAAUCUGAUGAAGGAGUUCAUGCAGAGCUUCCUCGGAUCGAAUGUUCCCGAGCUGCCUUCUGUAUUCACUGCUAAGCCUGAAGGCCUCUACGCCCCUGCCGAUUCCACUGACACCAUGACUCAGUACCUGGAGCUUUUCAGCAAGGUUCGAAAACAGCAGGUUGUGCCAGGGAGUACCGUGCGCUGAAACUACGACAGUGACAGCAAACCUAGGAGACAUGUAUGCUACCAUCCUGUCUGACCUGUGAACAGUAUGAACUCUCAAGGAGUGUCUCAAAAACAAUGAAAGUGUGAGUAGCAGAAUUUGGAUUAGAAGAACAGUCUUCCUCGUUCAUCGGAGGACAAAGCCAGAUAUUGCUAAAGCGUUUGUAGUUUUUCAUAGUUUGCGUUUUUAAGACUUAGACAAGUAAAUGCAUUAAAAUUAACAAAAGCGCCAAGUUUUGACAUCCUUUUCUAUGCUGUUUUUCAUCCAUAAUUAUCGUUCACUUUUGUAAAUAGUAUCAAAGUUUUUGGGGUCACAGUCAUUGUUUGCCAGCCAGUGGUGAUUUGAUUCAGCAAUGUUGCAAUAAAAUUAUUUUUGUACGUA